CCUUGUUCUUUUUUCGCGGGUGGGGCCCCAAGUGUAGGAGGGAGAGAGAUGCCCCUCUUGUCCUAUACGUCUUGCAUAAAAGCAAGAGUUUUUCAACAACUGUCUCACAACCCUUGAUUCUUUUGACACAAAAUCAGGAUGAGGCUUUUUGUGAUAAUGGCAGCAAUGCUGCAUGUUGCCUUUGGGGGUGUUUCGAUAACAAUGCCAUAUUUAAAUCCAGCUGGUGUCACCUAUGUGAAUGGCUAUCAAGGUCAUGGUGCCCCAUUAACCUAUGGCGCUGGUCUUCAGUACACUGCCCCCUUGCAAUAUGCAGCAGCCGCAGCAAUUCCGGCAAAAGUCGAAGCUCAUCAUGUUGGUUAUGCAAGAACUCAUGUUCCCGCCGUUGCCGCUGUACCUUUCGUCAAACACGUACCAACUGUUUCUCAAGUGCCGGUUACCCGCUACGAGGCACAUCCCGCUGUCAUCGAGAAACAACUCGACGUCAUCAAACCCGCUGUCUCAACUCGUAAAUUCGAAGUACGUCGGCCAGCAAUUCAGAAACAAUUCUAUGACAUCGAGGAACGUGUUAUUGUUCGACCAGCUGGAUCGGCUCUAGUCGAGCUGGAUGAGCCCACAUCGAAAAAACAAAAGGGACCAGCUGUGGUGCAACCAUUGCAUUCGGGUGAAAUUCCACUUGCUCAUCAUUCGUACGCUUAUGCAACUGCUGGUGCACAAACUGCAUUUGCACCGAGUACAAUUCCAGUUGUUGCUCAUGCACCAGUUCAUUUGACAAUUGCACCGGUUCUUUCUCAUGCACCAAUUCAAGGAGCACCAGCGCCAAUUAUUAUUCCAUCAUCGACACCUGCACCUGCUGCAGCGGCAGCACCAUCACCAUCUAUGCCUGCUGCUGGUUCUUCAUCAUUGUCCAAUGAGGAGGAAUCUGUUGUUGUUGAGAAUGAGGAUUUCCAUAGUGCUCAAUUUCGUAAUUCACCAUCAACACCAUUGACGGCACUUCAACAACAGAAUUUGUUGAUUCGUCAAGCUCAACAACGUAACAAUCAGGCAUCAAUGUUGCAAAUUCAAACGGCGCAGUCACAAUUUGAACAGGCGCAGAUGAGAGAUGCACUUGCAUUUAGACAACAUCAGGAGCAACAGCAGCAGCAAUUUGUUAGUCUUUUAGAGAAUGCACGAUAUGCUCAGGAAAACAAUAAAAUCCUCGCAGAACCUCAAGUAAUUGCUCGAUCCAAUGGAAUACCACAGGAGGAAACUUCCGGAUUUGCACCAGAAUCGUCUACAGUUGUUCCAAGCAUCAGAAAUAGUCCUGAAGAAAACAUCUCUAAUCAAAAUAGACUUAUCGAAUUACUCACAGCACGUGGUGGUGUAACUGAAGUUGGCUUCAAUCGCGAUAAAGGAUCAACUGGCGAAAUAAAAGACGCGGGCAAUGUUCGUGCUCGAGUACUUUCAGUGACACCUGCACCCGAUGACGCUGAGCCAACGGGUGAACGUGUGUCAACGAGACGAAUUGUGGUGAGUCGGCCAAUUGAAACACUUCAAGAAGUCGAUUUAGUGGAGCCAUCAACAAAAUAUGAACGAGUUUCAAUUCAAGAACCAACUCUCAUUAAGACUGUUCAUUUGGAUCAUGUGCAAGUUCAUGGCUCAGUUCCAGUAUUGGGUAAAGCACUUGCACCAGCUGUUGCUGAAGCUGAUGUACCUGUUUAUCAAAAAACAAUCUCACCCGCCUACCAAUAUUAUCAUUAGAAAAUAAAAUUAAAAAACAAAAAAAAAACCAAUAACAAAGUACAAUAUUUUAUGUAAUAAAUCCGCAAAAUAAAAAAAAAAUUA